AUGUCAUCAAGUCUGCCAAUAAGACGGACCGAUGGUGUACCCAAUGGAGCAUUCAGGACUUUUGGCCUCUACUGGUGCUACCAUUGUCAUCGUACGGUCAGGAUUGCAUCAUCUAACCCCUCAGAGAUCGCGUGCCCUCGAUGCUUAAGGCAAUUUGUUGUAGAAAUCGAGAUGAGACGGCCUCGAAUCGCUUUCACUCAUGCCGUUCCACCUUUCGAUGCUUCUCCUGACGCACGUCUUCUCGAAGCUCUAUCACUCAUGUUUGAUACUCCAAUCAUAGGUAGAUUCGGUGAAGACCCAUUUGUCAGGGCAAGAUCCAGAAACGUGGAACAGGGACCAACACCCCUACCCCACCAUCGACGACGCCACAGCCUUGACAAUGAUAACAACGGCAGUUUACUACCUCCACCAAGAAGAACAUAUGUAAUACUACGGCCCACUGAUCCAACCAAUCCACUUGGAAACAGGAUUGAGCCAGCACCACCCAGACGUAUGAACCCACAUGAUUUCUUUACUGGAGGAUCAGGCUUAGAACAGCUGAUCGAACAGCUAACACAAGACGAUAGGCCUGGACCACCACCUGCACCAGAACCCACCAUUGAUGCGCUACCAACCGUAAAGAUUACAUCGAAACAUCUAACCAAUGACACAUCCCAAUGCACAGUGUGCAUGGAAGACUUCACUGUUGGCGGGGAAGCUACCGAACUACCAUGUAAACAUAUUUACCAUAAAAACUGUAUAACUCCAUGGCUAAGGCUUCACAAUUCAUGCCCAAUUUGCCGCCGUGAUCUGCCUUCGGUCAACACCACUAGUACAGAUUCUCAGGAAAGGGGCGAUUCUGUUAGAGAAGGGAUACCUGAAAGAAGGCGUUCUAGGUGGGUGCAACUCUGGAACAUUGGGCCUUUUAGAGGAAGGUAUCAGAGGGUUAGUCCAGAAGAAACAGCACAGAGGAACACUCGAGUUCAGUCGCAAUGGCCUCACUGUAAUAUCCUUUAAGCUACUUGGACUCAACCAUUACCAGAGGGAAGCAAAUGCAUUGAGCAAAACCAUUUACAACAAAUGGAUUAUUCAACCAUAACACUAAAACUGGAUCAAGUAGCUUCUGAAACAAAUAUAUGACUGGUUUGAAAUACACAGAAGCUACAAUAUUUACUCGCAAAACCUAGAGAGAUUUCACACAUUUUUAUACAUAUGCCACGAACAUAUUGUCCCAUCUGUUAUCUGCAAUUCAAAAGAAAAUACCAAAUACCAGUACUUUUGAUUUCAAAUUAACCAGUUUCAAACAGAAGAAAAUAGAAUAGAUUCAAUGCAAUUAUCUGCCAAAUAGCUUACGAUAGAGUACCGAAACCCAAAUAAAGUUCAGUAGAUUCAACAAAGGAGAUGCAUAAGAUUCUAUUUACAGUAGCGGUCGGCCUUCUUCUUGACUCGAUCGUCGAGAGCCUCUGCCACCGAAUCGAAGUUUGAUUUGGGAACGUAACCGAACUUCUUUGCCUCCACGGGGAAAAGCUCAUCGUACUUCCUCUUCUUCGCGGCGUCGAUAGAGUAGAGAUCGUCUUUAACAUCUGGGGCAGAGGAAGUGGCUGCACCGUCGGGAGCCAUCUUUUCCACACUGGCGCCGUCGAGCUUUUCCUUCUUCUUCUUUGGCUUCUUAUUCUUCUUGAUCUUGGCUAGAUCGCCUCCUUUAAACGCUAACCUUCCACCCUUCACCCUCUCGUAAGGAUCCGACAUAGCUUAGAUUCAGAACCGCUAUUCUCUCUCUCUCCGGAAUUUUUUCUUUGUAGACUACAAGCA